AUGGGUCGAUUUGAGGAAACAGGAGGCUUUGGGACUUAUCUAUUUGGUAUGAGUGAAGCUGUUGCAAAGAAUAAUAAUGAGACUGCAGCUUAUUCAAACAAUAUCAAGAACCCUGAGUUGGGAUGGAUGAUUGGAUUUCUUUUCAUUGUCAGCUUUGUUGGACUUUUUUGUGUUUUGCCCCUUCGAAAGAUAAUGAUAAUUGACUUGAAGCUUGUAUAUCCAAGUGGCACUGCGACUGCUCAUCUCAUUAACAGCAUCCACACUCCUCGGGGAACUAAGCUAGCAAAGAAGCAAGUGAAAGCUCUUGGCAAGUUCUUGUCCUUAAGUUUCUUGUGGAGCUUCUUCCAGUGGUUCUUCACUGGAGGAAAUGAUUGUGGCUUUUCAUCCUUCCCUACAUUUGGUCUCAAGGCCUAUCAAAACAAGUUUUUCUUCGACUUCUCAAGUACGUAUGUGGGUGUUGGAAUGAUUUGCCCACAUAUAGUCAAUGUAUCCUUGCUUCUUGGGGGUAUCCUGUCCUGGGGCAUAAUGUGGCCUUUGAUAGGAGACAAAAGAGGUGAUUGGUAUUCUGCCACGCUCCCGCAGUCCAGUCAUGACCUUCAUGGUCUCCAAGGUUACAGAGUGUUUAUAGCCAUAGCCAUAAUACUAGGCGAUGGCCUGUAUAAUUUUUUAAAGGUACUCGCCCACAUUUCAUCUGGUCUCUAUCGCGAUUUCUUCCUCCGUAGAAGAAGAACCCGCGGUGUUGAAAAUAUCCCCAGUCUAACUGCAGGCCAAACCUUUCAAAGGGCCGAAUAUUACUAUGAACAAGAGCGGACCCAACUCUUUCUCAAGGACGAUAUCCCAUCUUCUUUUGCCGUUAUUUUCUAUUGUGGAAUUGCAGUUAUCUCCUCUGCGGUGCUACCCCACAUCUUCCCACAGCUGAGGUGGUACUACAUUGCGGUUAUUUACGUCGUUUCUCCUGUCCUAGCCUUCUGUAACGCCUACGGUUGCGGGCUCACCGACAUGAACCUGAAUUCCACCUACGGAAAACUUGCCAUAUUUUUGAUAGGCGCAUGGGCCGGAGCAUCCCACGGAGGAGGAGUCCUGGCUGGGCUGGCUGCGUGCGGAGUGAUGAUGAAUAUCGUCUCGACUGCUUCUGAUCUGAUGCAGGACUUUAAAACAGGUUAUAUGACUCUAACCUCGCCUAGGUCCAUGUUUGUGAGCCAAGUUAUCGGAACCGCUAUGGGUUGUGUUAUAUCCCCUUGCGUCUUCUUGCUCUUUGACUAUGCGAUCAAUGAUCUCGGGAUCCAGGGUUCUGAAUACCCAGCUCCGUACGCAACAAUCUACAGGAAAAUAUCGUUCUUGGGAGUGGAAGGGUUCUCGUCUUUGCCGAAGCAUUGCCUUACUCUUUGUUAUGUUUUCUUCGCGGGAGCUGUGGGUGUGAAUGUGUUGAGAGAUUGGUUGGGGGCGGGGGGGUUAGGCAAGUACAUUCCUCUUCCAAUGGUGAUGGCGGUACCUUUCUACCUUGGAACCUACUUUGGAAUAGACAUGUGCGUGGGGAGCCUGGUUAUGCUUAUAUGGAAGAAGCUUAACAGGGCCAAGGCAGAUGAAUUAGGACCUGCUGUGGCUUCUGGUUUGAUUUGUGGGGAUGGACUUUGGACCAUUCCGAAUUCCCUUCUCUCUGUUGCCGGCGUCAAGCCUCCCAUCUGCAUGAACUUCCUCGAUAGAAAAACAAAAUAUAGGGUCGACAAAUUCUUAUCAUCACCCCCCACGGCCUCACCAUUUCUAGGCUAA